GAACUGUCAGUCAUACGCAAGCCCCGCCCGGUUCAGACUGCGGAGCGCUUCGGGACCAGGACCUGAAGAUCCGGACUUUGUUGCCUAGAGUGUGUGUGAUUGAUCCGGAUCACCGGAACCGAUCAGCGGAUCCAUGUCCCGGCUGCUGGAGAGCAGGAAGGAGAAGGACAGGAUGAAGGAGACCAGCCUGAAGAACAAGGAGAAGGAGCGCCUGAAGGAGCGUGAGAAGGAGACGAGAGAGCGGGAGGCGCGCUCCAGCAGCGGCCACCUCUUCACCUCGCUGAGUGUGUCGGCCACGACGCUGUGCUCAUCCUGCAACAAGAGCAUCACAGCCAAGGAGGCGCUGAGCUGUCCAGGAUGCAACGUCACCAUCCACAACCGCUGCAGGGACAGCGUGGCCAGCUGUGCCAAGAUGAAGCAAAGGCAACAGAAGUUGACCUUGGUCAGAAACAACUCGGCUCUACAGAAUGUCGCCCUGCGUACCAAAACUCCGAUGAUGAAGGAGCGUCCAAGCUCAGCCAUAUAUCCCUCCGACACUCUGCGGCAGUCCCUGCUGGGAUCCAGACGGGUCCGAUCCGGCCUCACCCUCGCCAAGAGUGUCUCCACCAAUAACAUCGCAGGGGGGACGGAGGACUCUGUGGGUCUGCGGAGGAUUCUGUCUCAGUCCACGGAGUCUCUGAACUUCCGCAACAGGACCUUAUCUAUGGAGUCCCUCACAGACGACGGUGAGUGGUGGUGGAGCCCCCUGCUGGAGGAGCUGCAGAAGGAGGGCUGCUGCAUUCAGGCGGACAGCUGGAGUCUGGCCGUGGACUCCAAGUUCCUGCAGACGCUGCACAAAGACGUCAUCAAGCAGCAGGACGUGAUCUACGAGCUCAUCCAGACCGAGUUCCACCACGUCCGCACCUUGAGGAUCAUGGAGGGCGUGUAUCGGAGGGGGAUGCAGGAGGAGGUGAUGCUGGAGGCGGGUGUGGUCCACACCAUCUUCCCCUGCCUGGACCAGCUGCUGGAGCUCCACUCCAGCUUCCUGUCUCAGCUGCUGCACCGCAGGAAGGAGGGGCUGGUGGAGGGCAGCUCCAACAACUUCACCGUCCGCCGGCUGGGAGACCUGCUGCUCCGACAGUUUUCAGGUCAGUGUGCCGAGGACAUGAAGAAACUUUACUCUGAGUUCUGCAGCCGUCACCCCAAAGCUGUGAAGCUCUACAAAGAGGUUUUAAACCGGGACCGAAGGCUGCAGCAGUUCAUCAGGCGGGUCUGCCGGGGUCCUCUGCUGCGACGUCACGGCGUCCUGGAGUGCAUCCUGCUGGUGACCCAGCGGAUCACCAAGUACCCGGUUCUGAUCCAGAGGAUCCUGGACAACACCAAAGGUUGUCCAGAGGAACUGCAGGACCUACAGAAGGCCUUGGUCCUCUUGAAAGAGCUGAUUAGCUCAGUGGACCAAGAAGUCCUGGAGUUGGAUCGGAACCGGAGGCUGCAGGAGAUCCAGGCUCGUUUGGACCCACGAGCCCAGGCUGAGGUGAAAGGAGGAGUGUUCAGAGGAGGGGAGCUGCUGAGGAGGAAGCUCCUCCAUGACGGGACGCUCACCUGGAAGGUCCAGGGCUCCAGGAUGAAAGAGGUGCAGGUCCUGCUGAUGUCAGACAUCCUCGUCUUCCUCCAGGAGAAGGACCAAAAGUUCACUUUUGCAUCCUUGGACAAGUCUCCGGUGGUCUCCCUGACCAACCUGAUCGUGAGGGAAGUAGCCAAUCAGGAGAAAGGGAUGUACCUGAUCAGCGACUCCACCCCUCCUGAGAUGUACGAGCUGUACGCCGCGUCCAAAGAUGACCGGAAGACCUGGAUGAGCUGCAUCCAGCAGACGGCUCAGAGAUCUCCAUCCAGAGACGAGUUUCCUCUCAUUGAGACGGAGGACAAAGCUUUGCUGCGCAGACUGAGAGCUGACAUCCAGCAGAAGGACAAGGAGGUUCUGGAGCUCCUGCAGGAGCGGGCCACCCUGUUCUCUGACCUGCUGCAGGCGACGGCACGAGGAGAGGCGGGGGAGGAGAGGAGCGUGGAGGUGAAGACCUGCUCCUCCACCCGCAACCUCUUCAGAGCCGACACUCCUCACGCUCCCAAAGCCGAGCCGCUCCUCCUCGCAGCCAUCGGGGAAGUCGACAAAAUGGCGGCCCUGCUGUCCGGCUCCAGCGGCCAGAAAUCCUCCGUAACCAACGGCAACCAGGACAUCAGCAAUGGGGACUCUGGUUCUCUCAAUGGUUCCUUUAAACUGAACCACAGCUCCUCAAAGGACCGGAACGGGAACCAGCUGCAGGACCGGACCCUGAACGAGGAAGUGCGCCAGCGGCUGGUCGGUCUGAGCACGCAGCUUCACGCCCUGCAGGCCGCGGUCAUCCGUCAGGACUCCAUCCUGGAGCUGUCGGUCGGCUGCGGACCCGUCCCUCCCGCCGCCCCGGGCUCCGCCCCCGGCCCCCGCCUGGUUCGCUCCAUGUCCCGGGACGCGGCGCUGGACGCCAGCGGGGAGGCGGUGCUCCUGCGGCGGCAGGUGGAGCUCCUGCAGGAGGAGCUGUCACGGCUGCGUCUGAAGGCGGAGGAGAGCACCAAGAAGGGGGCGGGGUCAGGCAAGAAGAAGAAGAAGAACAAAGGGAAGGGGGACGGCGGCAAGGACCAACAGGCCCCCAGGAAGCCGGAGGAGCCCGAGCCGCUGCCGCUCGCCCCGCUGGCCCUGGAGGACCCGGUCGACCAGCUAGACGGCCUGGAGGAGGGGAACGAGGAGGAGGAGGAGGAGGUGAUGAAGAUCUCCCCACGCUCCGACAGCCCCAGAGACCUGCAGGACAUCCCCGAGGAGAGCGAGAGCUAACCUGCCCCUUGAGACGCUGGCGUCCCCCCGAGACGGCGACGUCCUCGCCGAGACGGCGGCGUCCCCCUGAGACGGCGACGUCCU